UUUAAUUUCGGUUCAAUUACCUGUCAGUCAUGUAAAGCAUUUUUUAGAAGACAUGCAUUUAAAUAUGAGAUUCAAUUGUCGUAAUGAUAAUCACUGUGUGAUCGAUGUCUUAAACAGGGCGUCGUGUCGUAGAUGUCGGCUCUCAAAGUGUUUUGCCGUCGGAAUGAAUAAAGAAUGGAUACUAACCGCAGAGGAAAAGGAGUUCAGACGACAACAAAUAGAGGAAAACAGAAAGUAUAGGGAAAGUAAGCAAAUACUUAAAGACAUGGACUCUAUUAAUAUGGACAGCAAUUCACACGACAUAUCAAAUACGGACACAAAUGAAAGCUCAUUGGAAGAGAUGUCCGCCGGAGAUAUCACUGAAUAUAUUAUGCAAAUCGAGAACUUUAUCGGCGACGAGACUAUUGCCAAAAUUCACAACAGUAUAGCACAAGACACUAAUCGCCGGUGCGAUACAACUCAGGAGUUGGUGACAAUUACCGCAACAGUUCCCAUACCUAUCGACGACUACAAGAAUCUAAACGAUAUUGAAUGCAAUCGACUGAAAGAGUUGAUGAAUAUCUCGAUAUUUAGCCCACAGUUUCAGCAAUACAUGAAAGGGAGGGCCAGUUAUCCGGCGGCGGCAACAAUGGCCCCGUACUAUACAGUCCACGAUCUCGUCUACAAUACUGUUCAGGGAAUCGACUCUUUUAUCGAGAGUUUCACACAUCACACAAAAUCUCUGACAGCGUUUGGCAGCACAUGUCUUGACGAUCAAAUAGCCAUGGUCAAAUACACGGUGCUCGAGGCCAGUGCGUUACAUGGUGCUUUUCAUUUUAAUUAUGAAUUGGAGUGUUGGACUAAUAGAUGGGGCACUCAGCCAUCGGUAAUGAAAUUGGAUUUGUUUAAAGACAUUUCCAUAGAAGUGUAUACCAUAUUCAAAAAGCUAUUGCUGGCGGCCAAAGAGUUUAAUCAAGAUGGUCUGGUAAUGAUCUUGUUGAUUCCCUUACUAUUGUUUAACGCCAACCGGCCAUACAUUACACAUAAAAAGAUGGUUAAAUAUUUAAUCAUAUUGACCUUGUUAUCAAUACUACUACUGUUUAACGCCAACCGGCCAUACAUUACAUAA